GUCUCGUGGACGAGGUGGAGGCUCGCCUCGCCUCCGUUGUCGUGGGAAAGGUGCGAGUGGUGGCUGCGGCCCGCGUUGCCUGGAGAACGUCAGGACUUACAAACGCAAAAUGGGCCUCUCCCCGACGUCCCUCCUCCUCUUCCUCCUCCCAGACCACAAAACAAAGCGCACCCCUUCCUGGUGGAUGUGGGCACAACGGGUGUCGGGUGUCCCAUCCAGAACUUUACAGGGUCCCCUGAGGGAGCCGUGGCGGAAUCGGCCCCGAGUUCGUCGGAUUCCGCCUAUGUCUUCAGGAGGCUGGUGGAACAGGAAACAAGAUUGUAGUGAGGAAUGAGAGGCUCUUAAAAGCGGAAACUUACUGUUUGUCAGCUUACAAGAAACUGGACAAUGGCUGAUUUCAGGAAGAUGGAUGUCAUCAAUUUCACUGCCUUGCCAAUGGUGCCAGUAGAUGAGCACUCGGCUGUCUCAUUCACCGCACGGAAAGCAGUGAAGGAUGCCAUGAGGAAGAAUCUGGAGGACAGUCCACCCUCCUGGCGCACUGGCUCCAUACAGCAGGUGAACCAAGGGAUUGCUGACACAGAUCUGAGUCCCAACCCGUUGGUGCACAGCCUGGCAAUUGAGAAAUACGAGAUGGAGAAGAAGGCUUUAAAAGGAGAGAGAAGUCGCGGCGGCUUGGGAGACAGAGAAAAGAGCGAAAGAAAAUCUCAGUGUAUUUGCAAAGGCUCAGAAUCCAGGAAUGUCAAAUCUUUCAUUAUCAGAAGGAAAACAGCAGACAAAAAUAUGCUGGCAGAGCUGUACCAGUAUCCACAGUUUGACGACUCUAAGCCAAACAACCUUCCAAAUGGGGUGGACUUCUAUGACAUGGUGGGCAAUGUGAUCCAGGCUGAGAGAAGCCCCCUUAGUGGCAAGUCUUUCUGUUCAGAUAGAGAAUUAGAGCAGUUUCUCUCUUCUCCUUCUGUAAGAGCCAUAUGGCUGGAUAGCUUCUGGUGGAUCUUUCAUGAAAGGUACCAGCCAAAGAAGGAAGUCCAGAGCAAGCUGUUCGACCGGAUAGCCCAGCACUAUGCCUUUCUUUUGUCUGGUGAAUCCAGGUCCCACUACGAAGAGGCUCUCUUAAAAAGGUUGCCAUCACUUCUGAGUAAAGCCCUGUACACCAGCUUCUGCUGCUGCUUCCCUCAGUCCUGGUUCAACACUCACGAAUUCAAGUCUGACGUCUGUAACACGAUGAGCCUGUGGAUUUCAGGUAUAUAUCCUUGCCCACACAGCUAUAAUAGCUGGGACUACUCGAAACUGGAUCCAGAGAGAUUCCGGAGAGAAGAAUUAAUGUUGCAGAGAAAAAGACUGCUGAAGGGUAAGACAUGUAAAGAGCGCCACGUGCCAGGCGCUGUGCUAAAUAAACACUGGGAACACGGCGUGGAGGCAAGCACAGCCUCCGCUGUGUGGUCUAGUGGGAAAUCGAGGUCAGGCAGUUAUCCUACUGUGGACAGGGCACUGGUGACGGGUAUACAGGGUGCUGAGGCAGCAGGAGGCGGGGGACCCAGUCCAGUCCGGAGAAGGAGAUACUCCGGCCGGAAGUCCCCCCAGAGCAGGAAGGUCUGCUGCCCUCAGAGAACCUCUUUUGCCCAGAAGAAUUCAAUGGAUGGCUCACAAAUACAGAAUACCUCAAAAGAGCAUAGUUAUCAGACUCUGGUCUUGAGGAAAGCAACACAACAAGUCAAAAGGAUAUCAGCAGCAAGAGAACUUGAGAAUAUGCUUCCUAAUCCGUCUUACCCUGCCUGCAAAAGCCCUGAGAUGACUUCAAACCUCUUCAACAUUUAUGGGAAAAGCCCUCUGAUUGUAUACUUCCUCCUGAACUACGCCUCUCUGCAGCAGCCUGGCAAAGACGUGUUGAUGAUCAGGAGGGAAAAAACCAAGACCAUCCCUGAGUCCGCACUGACAUACGUUGAGGUCAUCAGCCUGACCCUGAGCAACAUGAAGAAGCGGAGGGACGACCUCCGCCAGCUGAACCGGCUUCACUGGAGUGAGUGGAAUCAUUUCAGUGCGUACCUGAAGGAGCUGCACAACAACUUCCGCAGGGAGGUGAAGAAUAUUUAUCAAAGAGCAAAAGACAAAAAACAGGCGAACCACAUGUUCAUCCAGCCUUCAACCUUCAUUGAGGACUCCCCUGAAAAGAAAUCUAGAAGCCAUCAGGGGGAGAUUGCAUUUCUUUUGAGGAAGGAAAAGGAGGAGAGGGAAAGAGAAUGGAAACAGAAAUUGAACCACUCUUCUUUCUCACCAUCAAGCCCUGAUGAAUUCUAUUCCCUGGCACUAGGAAGCCCCUACAAAAUCUCUGACAUUUCUGCUACCAGAAAGGUCUUCAAGAAGUCAAAACCAAUGCAGAAAAAGUAGUCUUCCUUAUCCUCUCACCUUCCAGCUCACCUGCAUGAAUCCUUAUCCAAGAAUCAGAAGAACUUUUUGGAUGAAGCCUGCACAUGUUGUUGGAUUUAAUCUAAAAUAGAAACAACAAA